AUGACAUUAGAACAAGAUCCAUCCUUUGAAGAAGAACUCCUUCGAAAAUAUGGCUGCUUCAUAUCAACGUCAACAGCUGCUGCUUCUGAUAAAACUGACACCACAAAUUCUGAAGGACGCCCGUCAACGGAGACGAAAACUAAACAGAAUAUAGCAAACAACAAUACACAACAAGCUUCUCCGUCUUCCACUGGCUAUUGCAUUGAUAAUAGUGUUCCUCUACUUACCCAUGAUAAUAAUUCUCGGAUGAAUUCCAUUAACAGUGGAAUCGGUAGUAACAACAAUUACGAAGGAAUGGACAGUUUCAGCGGCUCUGAUACUCAAAGUCCUUACUCGAGAAAGAACAAAAAUGAGAAUCCUUUGUCUAGAAAAAACAAGAGACAUAAAAGACAACAGCAAGCUCGAGAACAAACCAUUGAGCAAAACAAACUCGUAAAACAUAUAAAUGGUCAGUCGCAAACUUCUCAUGAUGGUGUUCCUUCACAAAAUUCCCAAACUUCUCAUGAUGGUUUUCCUUCACAAAAUUUUCAAACUUCUCAUGGUGAUCUUUCACAAAAUUCGCAAACCUCUCAUGUUCCUUCACAAAAUUUCCAAGUUUCUCACAAUGAUGCUCUUUCACAAGAUUCACAAACUUCACAUGGUGAUCUUACACAAAAUUCUCAAAAUGAACUUACACAAAAUUCCCAGGCUUCUCAUGAUGUUCUUUCGCGAAGUUCUAUAGCUUCUCAUGCUAAAUUAGCAGAUCCAUGGUUCUCGAAAGAAACAUUUCACUCCGUUGCGUUGUUUAUCUAUUUCAACGUCGACCACACAGACAUUUUACCAUUUAGAGAGGAAUUCGCUGCCGGAUGCGGCUUCACCUGCAUAACCAAGAUUUUCGAAUAUACAGACUUUCUAAAGGAAUUCUCCAAAUAUGGUUUCAACCGCAUAACCGAGGCUUUCGGAUAUAAAACGCGCUAUCAAAUUACGGACGCCAUGAACGCUGCCAAAGAAUUCACACUUGAAUGCGCGAUCAAUUGUUGGCGUAAUAACAAAAACCUUACAUUAUUCUGUGCGGCAUGUUCGAAAGAUAACAUCAAUAUUGUCUCUGAAUUUGUUAAAAGUAUUCGUAAGGUCUGUGAUAAUGAGACCCUUGACGUUAUUGUAAUACGUACAGAUCUGGCAAUCGACAACCACCGCUCUUAUGUAUAUGAAACACAUCGUGCUGGAGCAACUUGCGUGGUUUAUUGCAAAAGUGAAUACGUGGCUAGUGAAAUAAUGGAUGUUUUCAAAACAAUUAAGGAAAAGCGCGCAAGGGGCAGGGACAAAGUAGAUUUUUAUAAUAAGGGAGAACCUUAUUAUGAAUUUACAAACUUUUAUCGAGCUAAAGUGACAAUUGAUAGUUAUAUUUGGCCUACCACUGAGCACUAUUUCCAAGCACAAAAGUUCGAAAGCAAAUAUACUCAAAGUAAAAUUCGCCAUGCCUACACAGCCCGUGAAGCAUUUAUGAUCGCCCGCGCAAAGAACGAUGAAAAAAGAAGAAAUUGGGAAUCAUCUGAUAUUCCAGGCGACAUCGUCUUCAAAGAAAAAGUGAUGGAACAUGCACAAAUGCAAAAAUACACUCAAAACCCUCCACUAAGAUAUAAAUUGCUAUCAACUGGCACUGCUGCCUUGUAUGAGCAUACCUCAAAUGAUAGUUACUGGGGAGACGGCGGCAAUGAUCGAAAAGGACUGAAUCGUUUAGGCAAGAUUCUGGAAAAAGUCAGGUCACAGUUGAUGAAUGAGGAAAUUAACAUGCUCGCUAAAAAGUAUCGAUGCUCUGCUCAACUAUUGUGGCUUGUGCCACAAUUGCGCGAUAAGUUGGAAAAAUCGAUUCCGUUUACAAGCAAUUAG